AUGUUUUGCAUUCAAAACAACAACACUAUAAAUAAAACUGUGAUUGUAAUAACAUUAAUGAAUAAUAAAAAUGACAAUAUACCACAGCGAGGUAGGCCUAAAAAGAAAAUAUCGUUCUUUGGUGCCAAUAAUAAUAAUUUGUAUGCUGAGUGUAACAGUGCGGAGAUGUUUGGCUAUAACUACGGAAUGAACGAGGAUGAGGUAAAGAGCUAUGGAAAGGACGGCGGGGAUGGUGGUGCAAAGGAUUACGGCAAUGAUGGUUAUUACGGGAACUUUUACAACUACCAGCCUUACAGCUAUGACAUGAAUGGUUGUUACGAGAGCCCGCACAAGGAGAUGGAAAAUGGCAGCAAUAUGGAGAGUGGAGGGAUGAUCAGCAGUGUUGAGAGUAUGGGUGGGGGCAGUUCUGCUAAUCAUGGUGCCUCGGAGAGUGGUGGCAUGGGCAUGAGCAGUAAUAUGAGCCAUAUAAGCAAUGUUAACGGCAUGAAACGGAAGAUGAACGAGGGAAUGGGCAUGGGCACCAUGAACAACAGCAGAGGCAUUCACAUGAUCGACCACGAGAGCAAUGCCAAUACGGCCGCGAUGAGCAGCGUGUCGCCGGGCAACAGUGGCAUGGUAAUGGGCAGCAAUGACAUGAACAUGCGACCUGAUACUAAGAUUAGAUUGGGCAAUAACAUACGCAUUGAUAGCUCACACAGACAGGACAGUACAAACUACGGGGCACUUAGAAGACAUGACGACAGCCUGCCAUCCAUGAAUAGCGUGAACGGCAUGUCCUCCACCGCCGGUUACACCAACGCUCCCAUGAACACAGGCAACGGUAUGGGAAUGCCUAAGAUGGGUGGAAACAACGGUAUUGGUAUGGGCGGUGGCUACAACCCGAUGGAGUACUCCGGUAAUUACAGUAAUGUAGGCUACAAUCCCGGUCUAGGCGUAGUUCCUGGAAAUGAUAGUUUCGGUUACAAUCUCAAUCACGGUGCUAUGAACGGUAGCAUGGUGGGCGGUAACCCGAACCAUGCCGGCAUGCCCCCGAGUCAUUCCGGUGCAGGUAUGGGCCAUUCUGGCGUAAAUCCGAACCUUUCCGGUGCAAAUUCGAACGGCAGUAAUUUUCCAAACUACACUCCAAACAUGAACAAUACCGGGUACAACAACGCAUACUACAACUAUCCUUACCAGAACUGCCCAGCAACACCAUCGAACGGCGCGGCAUGUACCCCUUACAGCAAGGCUCCUAGCACGCCGGGCACGGGCACAAACAACAUCUUCAUGAACGACAUGUUCAUGAACCAGGAGAACGCGUACAUCAAUCCAUGGAUGAACAAGAAGAAAAGAAAGAACAAUCCGCUGCUCUGGCAAUACAUCAAGCAGCAUCAGGACUUCUAUCCGGGCAUCAUGCAUCCAAGCAAGUACUCAUCGCUCGAUUUCAUCCAAGGUAUGAACAAGACACAGAAAAUGUACCUAGGAAGCAUCAAGCGCAUGCCAAUCAUAGAAAAGAACAACAGCAAUUCCAUCCUGCCGUUGUACCUCAACUCGGCGAGCAUUCUUGAGAACUCGAUGCACCACACCGAGUUUAUGCGGGUGAGCAAGUCGUUUUUUGCGCGUAUAAAAAAUUUGGACUACGAGAACGUUACGGUGCAGCAGCUCAAAAACAUCAUGAAGGAGUUCGGACUGAACCACACAGGCAAGAAGAUCGAUCUCAUAGAGCGCGUGAAGAGUACCAAAGACCUGAUCAGCGAGAAGCUGAAGGAAGAGAAGGUGGAGAGGAAAGGCGAUGAGAAGGAGAGCACGAUGGACAGUCUUUUCUUUUAA